CAACGUUGAUGACGUUCAAAACGUGAGACGAAAUAGGCUUGGCUUGGAAGAGCUGCUUAGCAACGCGCUGCUCGGUUUUAUUUAGCGUCCAAACGGGAAUCGCUGAAGUCCUGUAAAAUCUACUAAACCCAUCAUGAUAAACACCGCCUUAAGCGCGUUCGGUGCUCAGGUCGUGUUGGCUACGUCCAGCGACGAGAACCACCCACCAGAGAACGUUACUGACGGAAAAACAGAGACGUUCUGGCUGUCCACCGGCAUGUUUCCUCAAGAGUUCAUCAUUCGAUUCCCAGAUAACAUGAAAGUAUCACUUAUCUCCAUUCACAGUUUUAAUGUAAAACGUUUACGGAUAGAGAAAAACGCACGAGAAGAGGCAGACAAAUUUGAAGUCGUAGCAGAGAAAGAGUUUGAACAGACAGAGAACAGUCUACAAAUUAAUGACAUAACUCUUGAUGGCUCGACUGCAACACACUUGCGGUUCCUCAUCCUCUCUGGAUAUGAUCAUUUUGUCUCAGUGCACAAAGUGGGAGUGCAAGCAUGAAAUCAUCCAUUUUUCUAACUAAUUUUCUGGGGUUUUUUUUUGUUUGUUUAUUUUUAUAAUCAGUUAACGGAACUCUAAACUGUACACAUUUGUAAAGCAGCCUUAUAUUUUAAAUAAUGUAUAGUGGUAAUUUCUUGAAAGCAAUUACCCUACAUUUUCUACACAAUAAAUGCUUUGAACUAACAAAUUCUUUUCUUUUACUGUUAUUAGUAUUAGCUUACAUGAAACUUGGAAUUCUCCAUCAGUAAUAUGAUUAAUAAAGCAGACAUUAGUCUAACAGUUGGCUAUAUCUCUUGAAGAAACCCCAUAAAGAUAAUAUGUAAUAUUAACAAGCAAAUGUAUAUGAGCAAAUUCACACACACACCCUUUCUAAGCCGCUUAUCCCUCUGGGUCGCGGUGGGUGCUAGAGCCUAUCCCUGCAGUCACUGGGUGGAAUGCAGGUAACACCAUGGACAGGUCGCCAGUCCAUCGCAGAGCAGACACAUUCACAUCUAGGGGCAAUUUAGCGUGUCCAGUCGGCCUAACUGCUUGUCUUUGGACUGUGGGAGGAAACCGGAGCACCCGCAGGAAACUCACGCUGACAUGGGGAGAACAUGCAAACUCCACACAGAAAAGACCCUGGUCGUCCAGGCUGGGGUGAGCAAAUUCAACUGCAUCUAAAUAUGAAGCUAACUUUAAUCACAGGUAUAAAUACAUUGAGACUGGUGUUGAAUAUAAAACACCUGGAAGCAGAUUUUCUAAUGUCUAAGUGGUAUAGAUCAUAAUCUAGAGACUCAAGUUUGGUGUAGUUACUACAUUCAUAAUGUUACGUUUUCUACAGAACAGACUCAGACAGCUAAUAAAAGCAAAUCUGCUUUUAAAAAAUGGGAGUAAAGGCCACCAUAAUUGUGCAUUCUCUGAAUAGCAUUUACUUACUGUUUGUAGGACCUUUAUAAAUGCUUGCUGAAAAUAAUGGUUAUACAUGGGAGUUAAAAACCUAUAGUAUUCAUUAAUAAUACUCAUACAUAUAAUAUUCAUAUUAUUUCCUACAAGUUUCUGUUAUUUACUAAAAACACCCUUACUUCAUUUAGGAUCGCUUAAUUUAAAGGCAGUGUUCAUAAACCUUUGACAUCUGAAAAACAUACUUAGACAUUUACAAAGGCUUAUUCCAACAGGUGUCGGUUGUCAUAAAGCCUGCUUUUGUCAGAUUUUAUGUCUGGCUGACAUAACGCCUACUGUUAAUGACAUUUUGCCGACAGUUUGUGUCAUGACGUAGCUCAGUGCAUUUUUGGUAUGUCAGAGUGGUGUAAUGGUGACAUAAAGCUAUGCUAUGCUACAGGCUGGUAGCAAAAUUGAAUGAUAGCAAGCAGUUCUGAAAGAUAAGCUGGAAUUUUGUGGUUGCAUUUAGAUAAAAAUGUACUGUAUAAAGCUUUUUACACUGCUUUAUUUUGCAGUUUAUAAAACAAUUUUUUUUUAAUUUAUUGAAUAAAAUGUAUGAAUCCCAACAGCAGUGCCAUAACACUGUACUGAUGUAGUUUUUUUAAUAUAUAUUGCAUUAACUAUACAGACUGGUGAAGCAGCUUUCUGCUACAAUCCACCAAAGAUUUUACAUUAUUUACCUAUUAACAUUCGUCAGGCUGCUGUCAUUACUAGUUGAAAAAAAAACAGUUGGAGACGUUU